AGCACAUGUCUCUUCCGACACCCUAAAACCCUCGGAAAAUUUUAAUUUCCCGUAAAAUCUGCUAUCCAGUCCAAUCACUUUAGAAUGGACAAUUGAUUUUUUUUUUCAUUUAUUUUUCCAUUUUGAGGUUUUUUGUUGGGAGAAAAAUGAUGGUGACUUACGGCAAGGAUUUUGGAGGCCCCGGAGAUGCUCCCGAGAGUCCCAACUACGUCAGGCCCAUCGAGAACAAUCUCGAAAUCCUCAUUAGGAUCUUAGGAGUUGUCACUGCAAUCAUUGUGUGCGGAGUGGGAGCUGAUAUCGCUUAUCAUCGACACGUCAUGGGUUAUUACGUUACAGUGGCUUCAGCGCUGAUUUUCUUCCUUGAGAUUACCUGGGCCAUCACACUGUUCGUGCAGAUUUGUCUCAGAAAUGACGAGUCUCAUUGUUCACGCUGUUGGUUGUCAGUGCUAAUGGUAACCAGAGGCUGGAGAAGAGCUUUGUUUUACCUACCACUGUCCUGUAUUUUGGCCUGGAAACCGCACAACUUGUGGCUCUCCUUUGUCGCUGCUGGACUGUUGGCUGCUUUAUCUUUGCUCUAUGUCAUCUCCAGUGCAUUGAGCCAACGGGGAAGUUCAGUAACUCUCGGUGAUUCUAUGGGCGAGAGCCUUUUGAAUACCAGACCUGAGGCUUACGAUCGAUUUGAAGAAGUCUUGGUAACUGAAGUCCUCGACGACGGUGUUUCCGGUCCAACGAGUGACGGAGAGAUGUGACAAGAGCGUCAGCCCUCGUGGGCUAGUGAAACCGACGAGGACAGUGAGCCUGAGCAGCGCACAUGUCAGAUAGCAACUUUAUCCUAGUUGCAGAGGAACGAUGUCAUCGGGACAUCGGCAUUUAUCGAAUCCUGGCCACCCUCGACAUCCCUGGGAAGGGAUGACAAUAAUGAAGGAGCCUUACAACUUCAAGUGCAGAGUCUCUGCCUUGAGAAACAUUGACUCAGACGUAUUUGACAUCAAUUCUCAUUGUUUGGAUUGAGAAAAGACAAUUCUGUGGGAUCAGAGCCUUUUCUCGUCUAGCAAAGAACAUUGGGAAUAAAAAAAAAAUUGAGACAGCAGGAGAAGGAUUUUGGGACAGAAGUUGACGUGAAUUCUGGUGAAAUAGUAUUAAAAAUACG